AUGUCACAUGAAGAGAAUUUCAUUGUACUCAUCACUUCUCCCUCGAUAAAGGCUCUGAAGCAAUAUCAAGCUGAUCGUGUUAUGAAGGAUGUUUGUGAACUAUUGAUCCUCAUUAACCUGGGACACAAAGCCUUCUGGCUGGCUGAGGAUCAUGAGAAACUAAGAACACAAGAAUCUGCAGUGACAAGGUAAAAAUCUGUUCCAUUCAUUAGAAAAUAUAUCAACGGAACAAGUAAUUUGCUUAUUGUGAGCUUUAUUCAUAGAUCUGUGAACAGAGCCAUAGAUGAAUACCUCCCGACAUGGACAAAGUGGGAAACGCUCAUUUUAAGGGUGUGGCUAGGCACAGAAAUUCUAGGUGACUUAAUUUAUACAACUAAAAUGUAAUUUAGAAAAAGAACAAUGUAUCUUAUUUACACAGACUGAUUUCUAAACACAUUUAUUGUAGUUUAAAUAUGCAUUACUGGGAGUAUUAUUGCUGUGGAGCUCUGUUAUACGCUCAGACACAUUACUGGGAGUAUUAUUGCUGUGGAGCUCUGUUAUACACUCAGACACAUUACUGGGAGUAUUACUGCUGUGGAGCUCUGUUAUACGCUCAGACACAUUACUGGGAGUAUUAUUGCUAGGGAGCUCUGUCAUACACACCAACAAUAUGAAGCUCCUAAAAAGGGGGUUAUGUAGAAGUGACCAUGCAGAAAUCGGCUUGGCUUGUUAGGGACAACAACCCUUAUGGAGACUUGCAAACAUACAGCAUAAAAGUACGCCGUGAUUGAGAGAGUGUAGUCUCAAGGCUCUGGAGAUAUAUUCAUAUUGCCGUGUAUACAGGACCCAGUGACAUAACCUACAGUGCAAUGAGAAUCCCCGUAAAGAGGAUAGUCGGUCACUAAACGCAACACCAAAUGCAUUUCAAAAUAAAAUAAAUAGUGGAGGGGUUUGUUUUUAGAUUUUUACUAAGAUUAAAUGAAUUACCGGUAUAUGUGUUUGGUAUAUUUCUUUAACCCAUGACAUGUCAUGAUUCCCUUUUAUUCCAGAAGUUUGGUCCUUAAGGGGUUAAAGCAUUGAGUCACAGUACUUACUGAGGAAUUUCUUAAUAUGUUUAAAAUAAGGCUAAAUGCUGCCACACACUUGCUAAAUCACUGCUGCUUUAAGUUAUAUAAAAAUCCAUGGUUACUAAGAACAAGGCAGGAAAACAAAGUCUCUAUUAAAGGGACACUCCACACCACUAGAGCACUCUAGCCAGCUGCAGUGUGUUAUGUGUAGAGUGGCCAUAUUCACCACGUUUUCUGGGACACACAUAAUGUCAUCAGGUUGACUGACAGCAUGAAAAUACUGCCCUGUAUUACUGAUAAUGUAUAUCGUCUGAUUGAGUUAUCACCUAAUUUACUACCUGCAGCAUUUCAUUUCUACAUACUGCAGGGCAGCACUGUCUGUAUGUUGCCCAUCGAUCUGUAUAAAUUGUGUUUCCUGGAAAAUAUGGUGAGUAUGGUCAGUCUGUGAUUGGACAGCCACAAAAAGUCAGGGCAGGGUUAGAAGGGGAGGGCUUACAAAGGCUGCAGACAAGAGCACUGCAGCUUUUGCAAACUGUUUUUACAUAUACCCCUAUGAAAUGCAUAAUUAAAGGCAUGCAUAUUUUCAAUUGGGGUAUAUAUACCAAACAGUGAUUUGAUUUUUUUUUUUUUUAUUUGGGCCGUGCAGUGUCCCUUUCAAGGACGGUCUAAGUACCAUAACAAUUACAGCUCAGUGCAUGUGUAAUGGUUAUGGUACAAACAGCCUGGGGCUCUCCACAGCACCCAAAGCCACAUUUUCCAUGGUUUUCAGUCAGCCCAAGCUCUAAUUUAAAACUAGCAAUGUUAUAUCUUUGCAAACCUGUUCUGUGCUAAAAAUCUGGCAAAAUGAAUGCAGGUCUGAUCAGCCGCUGCUCCAUUCUACAACAUUCUAAAUGACUGUAGAGGAUCUUACACAACAGUGAGUAAAUUUGAGAGCGGAUGACACCUCAGAGAAACAUUGCAAUAAAGAAUUUUUCUUUUUGAAUCCAGGCUCCAUUAGGCACUUCAUCGCUGUAAAUGACAUCUCAUCAGCUUAGCACAAGUAAAAUUUAUAACAACAUUAAUACAACAAACCCAAGCCUACAGUCCCCAAGCAAGCAGUCGUGCAGCAAAAUUCAGCCGGCGCAUAUUAAAUUCAAAGACUGAAGCAAUACUGCAGGAACUUGUAAAAUAACCUUUCACAAAUCAGGAGCUUUUCUUAAAUGGUUUUCAGGCAAAUCAUUAUCACAAGUUAUGACAAAAAUGGAACAGAUUAGCAACUCAGAGCAACCCCAUGAUUGUGGGACAACGCGUUCUGACACAUGAAUGCAGUGGAGAUGUCACAGGGUACAUGCGAUGACAAUAACAUAAGCAAUAUUUGGUAAGCUUUGUUGUAAAUUUAUUUUAUUAAUAUGCAACUUUGUAUUGUCCAAAAAUAUCCAGAAAGACCCAAUCAAAAUCUUCCAAAGAUGCAAACAAUACAAUAAAACCGCAGUCUGAGCAACGUAUACCAGCAGUGCAGGUCCCUUGCAGAAUGAGGGCCUUUUGCUGUCUUGCAAGUGCCAAGACCAGUGCUGAUCAGGUUUGAAAAGAGACCUGAUUACAGCACCAUCAUGUUCUGCAAACUCAAACUCACAAACUAUAUGGACUUUUUCUUGAUUUCCAAAAAAAGCAAAAACAAAUCCCAAAAUGGGAAACAAGAGGCCAUCCAUUCAGAGUUGAGAAAAUUAGAUUUCACAUAUACCAGUGAAUUGGGAUCCUUGUAAAGGCUGAACAAUCAUGUUUUAACUAUGUGCACACUGUGUGCUGUAGGCGAAUGGUGAAGCUGGCAUGUUUCAUAACAGCAGCGAUAUUUAAAGAGAUAUUAUAAUACCAUAAUAGCUCUGUGUAUUGUAUAGGUAUCUUUGAAUCAUACCCAGCUCUGUGUAAUGUAUAGGUAUCUUUGAAUUGUGCCCAGCUCUGUGUAUAGUAUAGGUAUCUUUGUAUUGUGCCCAGAUCUAUUUAUUGUAUAGGUAUCUUUGUAUUGUGCCCAGAUAUGUGUAUUGUAUAGGUAUCUUUGUAUUGUACCCACCUCUGUGUAUUGUAUAGGUAUCUCUGUAUUGUAACCAGCUCUGUGUAUUGUAUAGGUAUCUCUGUAUUGUGCCCAGCUCUGUGUAUUGUACAGGUAUCUCUGUAUUAUACCCAGCACUGUGUAUUGUAUAGGUAUCUCUGUAUUGUACCCAGCUCUGUGUAUUGUAUGGCAGGCUCUGUAUUAUACCCAGCUCUGUGUAUUGUAUAGGUAUCUCUGUAUUGUGCCCAGCUCUGUGUAUUGUAUAGGUAUCUCUGUAUUAUACCCAGUACUGUGUAUUGUAUAGGUAUCUCUAUAUUAUACCCAGCACUGUGUAUUGUAUAGGUAUCUCUAUAUUAUACCCAGCACUGUGUAUUGUAUAUGUAUAUUUGUUUUAUGCCCAGCUCUGUGCAUUAUCUCUCUAUUUUUCUCAGCUCUGUUUGUAGUAUGGUUAUCUCUGUAUUGUGCCCAGCUCUGUGUGUUGUAUAGAAUGUGUGCAGCUUGUUUUAUUGUAUGAACAUCUCUGUAUUAUGCUCAGCACCCUGUAUUGUAUGAGUAUCUCUGUAUUAUGCUCAGCUCCCUGUAUUGUAUGAGUAUCUCUGUAUUAUGCUCAGCACCCUGUAUUGUAUGAGUAUCUCUGUAUUAUGCUCAGCACCCUGUAUUGUAUGAGUAUCUCUGUAUUAUGCUCAGCACCCUGUAUUGUAUGAGUAUCUCUGUAUUAUGCUCAGCUCCCUGUAUUGUAUGAGUAUCUCUGUAUUAUGCUCAGCACCCUGUAUUGUAUGAGUAUCUCUGUAUUAUGCUCAGCACCCUGUAUUGUAUGAGUAUCUCUGUACUGUAUAGGGAGGAGUAGAAUCUUCACCAGCCGGCACGACCCUAUGCAUUAUUUGCAUUAUGUUACAUUGCUUUUUAACCUGAUUUACUUUGGUUUUAUGCAUAAUAAACUAAUGAAUAGUAUUACUCUAUGCAUAUCUCAAUAUUAUGUUCAAUUCUUUGAAUACAGCUACAGUUGUGAGAGCCUCUUAAAGACAUAGUACACCAUUCACCAUUGCCAAGCCCUGUAUUACACUAUUUUUUUUCUUUCUAUGUGCCCCUUGUUUUUUGGUGAAAUUACAGAGAGGAUUCAUUUUAAAGAAGAUGCAAAAACGCAUCCCUUGUACAUAUCAAGUGGUGUCCGCUCAUUCAAUGAUUUACAUGGGUAUUAUUUACCUACAAGUACCAUGCAUUAGAUCAGUAAUGCGGAUUUGUGUUCAGAUAAAUAUAGCUGGCUGACUAUCACGGAAAAUCUGAUUUGCAAAAGUAACUGCGCAGACAAUCUACUGUAAAGGAACUAUAUUUUCCAGAAAAUGUAACCUGUUCUAAUAUAGUUACAGGCAGUAAGCAUCACAAAUUGGUAUAUAAACACACACACACUAUAAAUACAGGAGCGCUGAGGUUUCUAAUGAUAAUGAUAACACACAGAGAACCACCCAGCGUUAAGGGCACAGCAGGCUUGUAAAUGGAAGGUCCAAGUACAUUGUUUGGACAGGGUUUGAAGGUAAGUGAAGUGCUCUUUUAUCGGAAUAUAGUUGUGUUCGGAUAUACUGACAAAUGGUAGAAAUUCCAAUUAUAACGCUUACCCUUGUAAAGGGCUAGACUGAAGAAACCAACCUCUUCUGAAAUGAGGAUCAAGAUUACAUAGGACAAUAAGGGAAGCUUGUGGUUUUCCAAUUGUUUUAUUUCAUCAGCGCACUGUGCUUUAUGAAUGUCAUUCAAGGGUUAAACCAUAGUGACUACAACAGACUAUAUUGCUUUGAAUAAACACAGUAAUACAAACGGUAUGAUAUCACUACGAUAAUAAAAAUGUUAUCUGUAAUAAAUGCAUAGCUCUCCAUGCAAUUUUACAAUACUGAUAAUAAAUGAGUGUAGGAAAAAGUUUAAAGGGUAACUCUCUCUUUGUAUCUGUAUCCAGAGCAGUUAUGGUGCAAAGACCCUGCAGCCUUCAUUUUGAAGAAAAAUAUAUUUUUUCCCCUGUGUUUAGGGCCACCUUCCUUGGCUGUCAAUCAGCCAGCUGGAAUACUCUCUUCCUGCCUGGAAAAGUCCGUUUUGUGCAAAUUUUGAGUCCACAGCACACAUAUAGCAUGCUAACCUCGGACGCAGUGUAAAGACUCCCCAUGGCAGGGGGUGUUUCACAUAAUGUGUCAAGACAACUUUCACAAUCGCUCACAGCCAUAGAUCCAUGGUGCCAUAUAAACACUUUACUGUUUUAAUGGUAUGUUAUGUGGGCCGAUGAACUGCAUCAAGCAAUACAAUGAACAUUGAAUCAAUGUAAAUGUAACCUUUGCAGUCAUAUCUAUAUAUUGGAUUAAUUAAGGAGGGUUUCCCAGUCUUAGAUCAGAUACAACCUAUAGCGGGUUAUGCACACUCCUAGAAAACAAAACAAAUUGAGGUGGCUGACCACAAUAUCCAACUUGAUGUAAACCCCAUUACUCCGACAUGCCCCUGUGACCGACGCCGGAAAUUGCGUCCUAGCGUGCGUAAUGACGUCAUGUCAUGUGAUCGCAAACUAACAGUUGCCUAGUAACGGCAAUACAAUGUAGAAUCAUGUGAUCGCAACUGAUCUCAGUUGCUACAAAAUUAUUCUGUGCAUGUGAAAUAUAAGACAGGAGAAAUAGCCAAAAAAUAACAACGUGCAUGGAGGAAGAUAAUAUUGUUACAUACUGAGUGUAAUUGAAUAAUGUAUUGUAAUGUAUUUAGCAGAACAUAUUGGAGGUAUAAAGAUACAAAAUAAUCAGAAAAAAUAAACAGAAGAUAACUAAAUGUUGUGAAAAAAUCAAUCUACAUCUAAAUCUGAAUCUAAGUGUGUAUGAAACUUGACUAUGUGUAAAUGUACAAGAAUCACAAAUGUAAAAGUGAUGAGGUAUGUAAUGUGUGAUGCUACAGGUGACUAAAGUGAAACUGUAAUGAGACUAUGUGAAUCUGAAAAUGUAUGGAUCCAAAUAUAUAAUUCGAACCUAUCAAAAAAGUGAAAACAACCAAACAAUAAAACGAAACAAAAAAGAGAAGAAGAAGAAAACAAAUCUCUGAAGUAGUGAAGUGAUUGCAGAAACUACCAUGAAGAAAUGACCAGAAAUACCUCCAAAGAAACUGCACCAAUAUGGCUAACCAUCACCACACUGUUAUCUAAUCCAGAUAUGUGAAAACCCUGAAAUAUGAGAUAUUCCAACGCAUUCAAGAUUUUCUCAACAAAAUCAAAGAUUGCAAACUCGCAGAUUCUCAGUACAUCUUUGCUACGGCAGAUGUUAAGAAUCUUUAUACUGUGAUUCCUCACACUAAGGGCAUAGAAGCAAUGCGCACUCUUCUUUCCAAAUCAGAAGUUUAUGAAGGGCCUCCAGUUGAAUUCCUACUUGAAGGAUUAUUUCUUACACUGUCUAAUAAUUAUUUCCGUUUUGAGAAAAAUUUUUACAUCCAAGAAACUGGCACAGCCAUGGGAUCGGCAAUAGCGCCUACAUAUGCCAAUAGUUUCAUGUUUGCAUACGAAAAUACACAUAUAUUGUGUAAAUAUCAAGAGCAAUUAACAUCAUACCACAGAUUUGUGGACGACAUUUUUAUUUUGUGGAAAGGCACGAUAGAGGAGCUGGAAACCAUGGUGGUUGAACUUAACAAUCUUGAUUCACCAAUUAGAUUAACUCUCACACACAACACUGAGAAGAUUCAAUUUUUGGAUGUUGAAGUAUUUCGAAAGGAUCAAGGCAUAGCAUAUAGGCUGUACAGAAAACCAUCUGAUUGCAAUACCUUAUUGCAUGCAAACAGCUCUCAUCCAAAUGCUUUAAAAAACUCUUUACCUAUCUCACAAUAUAUAAGAGUGUUUAGAAACAAUUCAGAAGAAAUCAGCUGUAAUACACAACUUCAGGAUAUGACCAGUUCUUUUUUAGAGCGGGGAUAUAAAAAAGAAGUUCUACAGAAUUGCCUUGAGAAGGCGAAGAAAAUCUUUGAAGGAACAGAAACUAAACAACAUCAAACCACUCCGAUGAUCACGAUUCCACUUAUGUUCCAUUCUGAAAGUCAAAGAUUUUCACAAAAUAUCAAAAAGAGAUGGGAUAUUCUAUCCUCUGAUAGAACAUUGAAUCCCAUUUUUUUACAAUCACCACGUAUUGCGUUUUCACGCAAUAGGAACUUAAAAGAUAUUUUGGUGAGAACAGACUUGCCGAGUUAUUAUAAUCCUCAAAAGGAAAACACAAAGAAAGGUUGCUUCAAGUGUUCAGGUUGCGUUACCUGUGGUCAUAUGCUGACAGGUUCGUCUUUUGCACAUCCACAUACAGGCAAACGGAUUCAAAUCAAACACCGUUUGACCUGUUUAAGUGAUCAUGUUGUGUAUUUGAUCUCUUGCCCUUGUGGCAAAUAUUAUGUGGGCAAGACGGAUAUGACAGUCCGAGACCGCAUAAGAGGCCAUAGAUCGGGAAUUAUGACGGCAUUUAGAGAUGGCAAGACUGAUAAGCCGGUGGCAAAACACUUUUUAGAAUUUCAACACCGUUUACCAACCCUCAAGUUCAUCAUGAUUGAUCACAUUCCUCCUUUGAUUAGAGGGGGUGACAGAUCCAAGAUCUUGUUGCAAAAAGAGACAUUCUGGAUUCAUUACCUGGACACGGUUCAACCUAAGGGAUUGAAUGAAUACAAUUCCUUUAGCUGCUUUUUGAAUACUCGUUAAUAGAUUACUGUAUCAGGUUGGGCUGCAGUGACCUUGAGCCCGUUUUUAAGUUGAUGUUUUUCUGCAUCAAUUUCAUUAUCAUUUUUUGAAUUAAUAGACCAAAUGGUUUACUGCAUAAGUAAUUUUGAGCCCGCUUCCUUGAGUUAGAUUCCAUAUGUCUUGAUAGUUAGAUUCUGUGUGGAACAUUUUUAUUGAAAUUUAUUGAAAUUGAUUCCCAUCACAUACUAGUAAUAUUGUGAUCGGUUCUGAUAUGUAUAGCUUUCGCAAUGUAGCUUUAUAUGACCCAUUUUGAAUGUUUUGGAAUAUCUCAUAUUUCAGGGUUUUCACAUAUCUGGAUUAGAUAACAGUGUGGUGAUGGUUAGCCAUAUUGGUGCAGUUUCUUUGGAGGUAUUUCUGGUCAUUUCUUCAUGGUAGUUUCUGCAAUCACUUCACUACUUCAGAGAUUUGUUUUCUUCUUCUUCUCUUUUUUGUUUCGUUUUAUUGUUUGGUUGUUUUCACUUUUUUGAUAGGUUCGAAUUAUAUAUUUGGAUCCAUACAUUUUCAGAUUCACAUAGUCUCAUUACAGUUUCACUUUAGUCACCUGUAGCAUCACACAUUACAUACCUCAUCACUUUUACAUUUGUGAUUUUUGUACAUUUACACAUAGUCAAGUUUCAUACACACUUAGAUUCAGAUUUAGAUGUAGAUUGAUUUUUUCACAACAUUUAGUUAUCUUCUGUUUAUUUUUUCUGAUUAUUUUGUAUCUUUAUACCUCCAAUAUGUUCUGCUAAAUCCAUUACAAUACAUUAUUCAAUUACACUCAGUAUGUAACAAUAUUAUCUUCCUCCAUGCACGUUGUUAUUUUUUGGCUAUUUCUCCUGUCUUAUAUUUCACAUGCACAGAACAAUUUUGUAGCAACUGAGAUCAGUUGCGAUCACAUGAUUCUACAUUGUAUUGCCGUUACUAGGCAACUGUUAGUUUGCGAUCACAUGACAUGACGUCAUCACGCACGCUAGGACGUAAUUUCCGGCGUCGGUCACAGGGGCAUGUCGGAGUAAUGGGGUUUACACGGUGA